AUGGGUCACUUUCUGGAAUCUUUGAGGCAAGCAGUGGCAGCAAUGUGUAUGCAAGCCGGGUUUGAAACGGUCGAGUCCGAUGUCUUGGAAAUACUUACGCACAUGAUUAAUUCGUAUUUAUUGGAACUCGGCAACACAACAAGGCAGUUAACUGAGUUAGCAGGACGCACUGUUUCCACGCCUCAUGAUGCUGUAAUGGCUCUAAUCGAACUGGGCACGCGGGUCAUGGAUUUGCCUCUCUUUCUAAACGAUUGCUCCAAUCAUGGUACACUUGUCAUUGGACCUCCAAAACUUCCACCGAUCGUAACCACACCCAAUGCUUUACGUGUUGGUGCCACACGGUUUCACCAAUCAUUUUUUUCUGAUGGUCUUCCGGCUCUUCCUGAUCCUCAUACUUAUAUCCGCACAGAAAUAUCGGGUGAACCCGAACUGACGUAUGAAAAAGUCCGCGAUGAUUUUGCGAAUUUAAAACGCAAUUCGGAAUAUUCCUUGAAAGAUUUCAUGUUACGUAUCCAUCCUUCAGUAUCUUUGUUCAAUAGUUUCGAAAACAUGUUACGGCGGCAAGCCAAACAAAUCUUAAGCCAACAAAUUUUGCAUGGGUCAACACGAAUACUGGAAGAGAAGGAAAUAAAACAGGAAAGUUUGAAUGGUAUAGAAAAUAAUGCUGUGGAACCAGUUGAUAGCUUUAAUGGAACCGAAAUUAAGUUGGAAAAUUCUUUCAUGGACUGUUCAACUUCAAUUUCUGCAAUUAGCUCAGAUCCUUUUUUGUUGGACGAUACUGAGAUCUCACUUAUACGAAAAAAAUUACCAACUUAUUGCCAAAUAAUCGAAUCGAAUUUGGAUAAUAGACCAUAUUUUGGAGCAUCUUUAUGUGAUGAACUUGGUGAAGAUCAUGCAGAAAUGUCAAGUCCAGAGCUGAACGCUGAUAAUAAUAUGGUAGGAAAUAAUGCGCCAGUUGAUGAGGAAACUGUGCAAGAUGUUAAUCCGUAUCUUCAAAUAUCUAGAAUGGCAGUUUUGAACCGUGAUUCUAAGGAGUUACAAUAA